UGUUUGGAGACGAAAGAACACACGUCAAGACUUGACAGCUGUUGAAAACACUGCUCGAGCAGUUGGAACACAUUAAAGUGUGGAAAUGUCCGCUAUCUCGGAGGAAGCCGUGCGGGGUGGAGGCGUUUUUAGAGAGAUUAGCGCUGACGAUGAAGACCUGCAGCCCACUGAGAUCGACAGUUUGUGUAUGAACUGCUACCAGAACGGAACCACGCGGCUGCUCCUCACCAAAAUUCCCUUCUUCAAAGAAGUCAUCGUCGGCUCCUUCAGCUGCGUUCACUGCGGCUGGUCCAACACCGAGAUCCAGUCCGCCGGCCGGAUCCAGGACCAGGGGGUUCGUUACACCCUCCAAGUCAGGUCCAAACGGGAUUUGAACCGGGAGGUGGUGAAAGCCGAUUGUGCCACCGCCAGGAUCCCCGAGUUGGACUUUGAAAUCCCUGCCUUCACCCAGAAAGGGUCCCUGUCUACCAUCGAGGGUCUGCUGGACCGAGCGGCCGCAGGUUUGGAGCAGGACCAACCUGUCAGGAGGGCAACCGAUCCUGGAGUCGCUGAGAAGAUUGACGAGUUCAUCCAGAAGCUGCAGAAGCUAAAAGACUUAGAAAAUGAAUUCACGCUGGAGAUUGAGGAUCCGUCCGGGAACAGUUUUGUGGAAAACCCGUCAGCCCCUCAAAAGGACGAGGCUCUGACUGUGAUCAGGUUCAAGCGGACCCAUCAGCAGGAUGUUCAGCUGGGGAUCAAGGCAGAUGAUGAUGAGGAGAGCGACGUGGAAGAAGAACCACAUGCCAAUGACCUGGACGCCAUGAGAGAGGAGAUUUUGGCAUUCAAGACCAACUGUCCAGAAUGCAACGCGCCGUGCUCAACCAACAUGAAGCUGGUCAACAUCCCUCACUUCAAGGAGGUCAUCAUCAUGGCCACCACCUGUGACGCCUGUGGCCAUCGCACCAAUGAAGUGAAAUCAGGAGGCGCAACGGAGGAGAUGGGUACCAGGAUCACCCUGCACCUCACCGACCCUUCGGACAUGACGCGAGACGUACUGAAGUCGGAGACCUGCUCCGUCGCCAUCCCGGAGCUGGAUUUUGAGAUGGGGAUGGGAGCUGUGGGCGGAAAGUUCACCACACUGGAAGGACUCCUGAAAGACAUCAAAGACCUGAUCGUCUCCAAGAACCCCUUUGUCUGUGGUGACAGCAGCACUGCGGACCAGGUGGACAAACUAAAGGCAUUCGGGGACAAGCUGGAUACGAUUAUUGCCGGAGAAAUUCAUAUCCACAUGAUUCUCGAUGACCCAGCCGGGAACAGCUACCUGCAGAACGUGUACGCCCCCGAGCCAGAUCCAGAGAUGAAGAUUGAGAAGUAUACGCGCACGUUUGAGCAAAACGAGGAGCUGGGACUGAAUGACAUGAAGACCGAGGGGUAUGAAGAUGGAAGCUGAGUUACUACGACCCCAACAAAUGUUUUGUUUUUUAUUAUUGAUGCAAUUGAUUACAGUAUUUUCUGCCUUUUUUUUUUCUUCAAAUUUACACACUAAUUGCAACAA